UCACACCUUCGUCCUUGCCCCCGGAAAUGGCGUCCUCCGGCAACCAUGUCGCCACCAACGCCAAGCACCUGAGGGUGCUGCUCCCUUUCUCUUGCGACAGCCUGCGCAUUCCCGACGAGCUUGCCGAGGGGAUCUGCGCCGGGGAGGCCCGCGUCGUCAGCCCGUCCGGCGGCAGGGUCAAGGUCUGGCGCGUAGAAGUCGGGCGGGACGGCGGCGGCGCGUUCCUGGGGCACGGGUGGUCGGAGUUCGCCGCCGCGUGCGGUGCCGGGGCCGGGUGGCUCUUGGUCCUCCGGCACCACGGCGGCGGCGUCCUAACCUUCAAGGCGUUCGAUGCCAGCGGCUGUAUGAGGGACCUCGGCACCCCACCUGCUGAGGCAACCGCAAGCAGCAAAGAUGAAUCCCGUAGGCCGCAGUUCGUCAGUGUGCUUGCACAAGAUUUCAAGGAAAAGAUGCUAAUUCCAGCGAAGUUUGUGCAACAUCAUAUCUCUGAAGAGCACCGGGACAAUCGCAUGGCCGUCGUUAUCGGCUCCCUCGGGAAGAUUUCUCACGUUGAGAUUGAGAUAAAUCAGUCAGACAUGUUUUUCAGAGGUGGCUGGUCACAGUUUCUUGCCUCUCAUGGCAUCACUCAAGCUAAUGAUCUUCUGUUAAGGUAUGAAGGCUAUUUUGUUUUUACAGUCAAAGUAUUUGGCCCUGAUGGUUCCCAGAGAGAGCCCAAACACAAGGACAUCAGAAUUCAUCAAGAUACUGGUAAGCAGCAGGAAGCACCAUAUGAGUCCAUUGAGAACUCUAAGAGAAAGAAGGAUUGGCCAAGUAGGGAAGGACAAAAGAAACCAAAAGGCUCCACAGUUUCCAUGAACAAAGCAUCAAAGAGGACUGCUGUCUAUGAGAUUGGGCCGCCAUCAUGGAUAAUGAAAGAGAUCAACACUAGCACUCUCAGAAAGAAACUUUCUCUGUCGAAAUCUUUCUUCGAUGCAAUUGGGCUACGGGAACCAUGCACAGUCACACUGAAGACCUCAAAGAACAGUGCGGAAUCAUGGCAGGUGAAUGGUAUCCCAUGCAAGAAUAACAGCUUCGUUCUUGUGAAGGGCUGGAUGAUGUUCUGCCGGGCAAAUAGUCUCAAGGAAGGUGACAUCUGCACCUUCAAUGUCGUGGAAACCACACUGUGGCAUGUAGUUAUCACACGUUAUAAUAAGAAAAAGCAGGAAAGCCCUUCUGCUUCUGGUAGGAAACUGUACAGUAGGAAGCCCAAGAGGAAGAAUGACAGGUCGAGGAGUGAAGUACAAAAGAGACCAAAAGUCUCCAUGUCUUCUGUGAACAAAGCGUCACCAAAUAUGCGAUGUGUCUAUGAGAUUGGGCCGCCAGCUUGGAUAAAGAAGGAGAUCAACAAUAAGUCAAUUGAAAGUUAUCUUACCUUGGCACCGGCUUUUUGCAAUGCAGUUGGACUCCGGAAACCUUGCACCAUCACGCUGAAGACAUCAAUGAGCAGCACCAGAUCUUGGCAGGUGCGUGCUGUCCCCUACAAGAAUAGCAGCCACUAUAUUGGGGGUCUGGAUUGGAAGAGGUUCUGCAAGGAGAACAACAUCAAGGUUGGCGACGUCUGCACCAUCAACAUUGUUGAAACCACCCUGUGGCAUGUUGACGUCGCGCAUCAGUAAGCUAGGAACAGUGUGCAGUCUGAUGUGGUCAAGCUUCAAGUUAGGUUGUUGGCAAUUCCAGUUCUCUCAGACUAAAAUUCUGUUUUACUGUAAUGGUUUCAGACGCCGUAAUGUUGGACUUUUGAUGUAGAGCUUGACUGGACUGUGAAUCUUUCAUUUACAAAAAAUCUGACUAAUAUAUCUGAAAUAUUUUAAAUA